AUGAACGAAUGGGUAAACGGCAAAACGAACAGGCACCAAAUGGAUGAGCGGCCAAAUGAGAAGAAACCAAGUGGACGACCAAAUAACGGGAUAAAUGGCGAAAACAUUAUUAAGGGAAGGGUCUUCAUUGAAGCAAAAUUAUUCAGCUCGUAUAAAAACAAUGCUGGCGCUUAUCUUAACCUUCAGAAUAACAGAAAAAAAUUGAGCAAGGACACAAAUACACGUGAUAAAUUUGUGAAGCGAUAUAUGUCAUGUUAUGUAGCAAUCCUUUUAUUAAAUUCUUCCAUACCAAUUCAUUACAAGAAUAAACGUAAACUAUUUUACACAAAUGAAAGUACUAGCACGGGGGAUGGAAAAAAAAAUGAUAAUUUGAAAAAUUACAAAAAUGAGGAGGACAGAACACUUGCUGGCAGAAUGAGUAUCUCCCUCCGUCACUACAAGAAGGACGACAAUGAUAAGAAAAAUUUUCAAGAAACAUCCCCAAAUGUAAAGGAUGAUCCGUACAAAGCGCACGAAAAAAGCUUACCCGAUCGAAGUAACAUUGACGCUUCCGUUAAUUUGAGCCAGGAGAAUAAUAAUUCUGUCAAAAGAAAAACUCAAGGGAAAGAGGAGGAAAAGACUAAAAAGGAAAAUAUUAAAAAGGAAAGGAAAAAUGACCUGAACAGAGCAAGAAAACCUGACAGUUCAGUAUGGAAUAAUAACAAUACGCAUGAUAAACGUCCGAAUGUAAACUUCAAUUUGAAUAUGAAUUUGCACAAUUCAGUGGAUACGUAUAUAAACCAGUUCAACAAUAAACUUCAAACAAGCAGUAGUAGAAUAUUGAGACUACCUCUUCCUAGUGAGAACAAAAAAAAUAAUAAAAAUGAAGCAAGUAUUGAUGACAUAUUAUAUGGCGGCUUUCUGAACAUUUACAAACCAGUAAAUUUAUAUUCAAUGAAAGUAUGUGAGAGGGUUAAACACGUUUUAAAAAAGUACUUCUCUAUGUUAAAUCAAAAAAAAAUAAAUAUAAAAGUGGGUCAUGGGGGUACAUUAGACCCUUUUGCUGAAGGAGUUUUAAUGAUAGGAGUACAAAAAGGAACUAAGAAAUUAACAGAUUUUUUAAAAUGCUAUAAAACUUACUUAGCCUUAGCCAUCUUCGGUAUUGAAACAGACACCUUAGACCGGGAAGGGAACAUAACAAAAGUGAAGGAAGUGAAGUUAGGGUGUAGUGAGACAGAAGGUGGAGUGAUGCAUAGGAAUGAUUUUACAAGGGGUAUGAUGGGAAAGGAUGCAGUUAAACAUAGCGAAAUUUACGAAGGUACCAUUAGCAGGGGUAAAAUCCUUGAAAACUUGAAAAAUUUCACAGGGUGGACAAACCAGACGCCUCCACUGUAUUCGGCCAAAAGGGUUAAGGGACUCAGACUGUAUGAGUAUGCAAGGAAAAAUAUUCCUGUGCAUAUUAAGUCAAGUAAAAUUUACAUAAGCUAUAUAAAAUAUUUAAACGAAAUUGAACUUCCCUUUUUGGAUUUUCAAAUACAUUGUUCAGGAGGUACAUAUAUAAGAAGUCUUAUACGAGACUUUGCUUAUUCGUUAAAAAAUUAUGCCACAUUAAUUAAACUAAUUAGAAUUCAACAAAAUGUAUACUCGUAUGCAGAUGCAUUGCAUUAUGACGAUAUAAAUAUAGAUAAUAUCAAGAAGUAUUUUAUCAAGCUAUAA